UAAUAAUUAUAUUCACCGAGUGCUACUGUUAGUUAAAUCUGUCACUGUACAGUGUAGUGAAGUAUACAAAAGAUGAACAAAGGCGUGGGGAUAUUACUUUGGUUCAUUAUUAGCGGGUUUGGUACAGUUUACGGCGUUCUUCUCCAGAAGCUCAUAGAGAGCGAUUUUGAAAAUUAUUAGCUUUACAAUCUAAUGUUAACGGAUGCGAUACGCCCACUUUUUUCCAUUGCUUGCACCUAAACAAUUUCAGGUCAAAUUUGAAUCUGCCACUUACACUUAUUUAUCCAAAAAAUCAGACUAUGUUCCAAAAUACCGAAUGGUGUGUGACACCAAAAAAUUCUACCGGGCAAUGUGUGCCAAUUGAUACUUGUCCCGAGGUGAUGAUAAUGUUGAAGUCGCGUCCUUUAACCCCAAAAGGUGGCGACUACUUAAAAGCAGCCCAUUGUGGAUUUCAUGGACCAAAACUUCCCAAAAUCUGCUGUGCUUUUAACACAGUUCACUCGACCGUGCCUACAACAGGAAUUGGUUUAGCUAGGUCUACGCCCAGUCAAGAAUCAUCACAACGUUUAGUUGCCGAAAAGAAUCGUUUAAAGGUGAUUUUGGUUUCUUUGCUACCAGAUAAAUAUGAAUGCGGGGUAAGUGCAGCUUCAAAGAUUUUCAAUGGUUCUGCGGUUGGUUUGUUUGAUUUUCCAUGGAUGGCUCUUAUUGAAUACGAAACGCCCAAUGGUAAUUAUUUUAAAUGUGGCGGUAGUCUGAUUAGUAAGCGAUAUGUGUUAACGGCUGCACACUGCGUGAACGAAGAUAAUAUACCCCCAGGUUCGAAACCGGCUAGUGUCCGUCUAGGGGAAUAUGACCUGGCCACAGAUAUCGACUGCGAUUAUGAUUAUGUAUGUAGCGACGACCCUGUUGAUGUUCCAAUUGCCGAAAUCCUAAUGCAUGAACGCUACAAUUCCCACGAUGGAAAUCGUUAUCACGAUAUCGCCCUCUUAAAGUUGGCAAGAGACGUUGAUUUUACAGAUUUCAUUAAACCGAUUUGCUUACCAUAUACAACCGAUCUGAUCUCUCAAUCAUUUGCUGGAACCAUUGGGACUAUCGUGGGAUGGGGAAAAACCGAAUAUGACAGUAGUGGCAGCACCGUUAAACUUUCCGUGGAAUUACCGGUGAAAUCCCAUGAAGAAUGUACACAUAUAUAUAAUAAAAUAAUGAUAGUACCUAGUGAAGGGCAAAUUUGCGCUGGUGGAGAACAAAAUAAAGAUUCUUGUGAGGGAGACAGCGGGGGACCACUAAUGACCUUACACGAGGAAUCAGCUCUUUGGUACAUUACAGGAAUCAUUUCCUUUGGAGCAGAGAAGUGCGGAUCUUUGGGAUGGCCUGGUAUAUACACUCGUGUAACUGAAUAUGUUCCUUGGAUUAUUGGGAAAUUUUUAAAUUUAUAGAACUAUUUAACCGUUCAUCAAAAACUUUGAAUAAUUAUUUUAGUCUAACGAUACUGUCAAGGGUAAUUCGGACGGUUCUGAACAUUUCGCAUUACUUUAUUGUAAAACAUUCCACUCCAAAAGUAGUUGAAUGUACCUAAUGAGCAAGGGAUCAGUAGUCAUAUCGAUUUUUUUGUUAUUUAAUAUAAUCAUGCGUAUUUGGGGAAUAAAAUUAAUAGUUUGCAAUCA